GAAUUCUUCACAGGAAUUAUCUUUUCCCUCGUCUCACCCGACACUAUUUAUAAAAAAAAAACCACGAGCGUGUUGAGUACAUACUGGAUUACUCAUAGGGUCAUUUUUUUUCCGGGCGCAAAACCGUGAUCUGGGUUUAUAAUCGCCGUGUAAAGCUCCAGAGGCGGUCACGCACCUGCAGAGGAGCCCCGCCGCUCGGCCGACGAGCUGCCCCCGCGAGCAGCGGCCGCGUGAUUCCCCCGCCUCGCGGGGUCCCGCCUCCCUACUCCGCCCCCGCCUCCCCCAAGCCUCGCCGCCGCCUCUCCCCGUCGCUCUCUUCUCCUCCGGGCGCUAGUGUGCGGGACGGUGCUCGUGGGAGCGAGGCGGCAGCUGGAGGUGACGCGGGGCCGAUUAAGCCUGUGGCGGAGCCAGCCGAGCCGAGCGGAUCGCUCGGCGCCGCGCGGAGGAGCAGCGGAAGCGCUCGGGUUGCUGUCGCCGAGCCAAGCCUAUUCCUGCGCCUGACGGGCCGAGGACCCGGGCAGCAGAGGCCCCGGCACGACAGAGGCGAUGGCGUCUUCGACCCCUUCUUCAUCGGCUACCUCCUCGAACGCUGGAGCGGACCCCAAUACUGCCAACCUGCGUCCCACAACGUAUGACACCUGGUGUGGCGUGGCCCAUGGAUGCACCAAAAAACUGGGGCUCAAGAUUUGCGGCUUCUUACAAAGGACCAACAGCCUGGAAGAGAAGAGCCGGCUGGUGAGCGCCUUCAAGGACAGGCAGGCCUCCAAGAACCUGAUUUCCUGCGAGAACAGCGACAGGGAUGGCCACUUCAGGCGCACAGAGACUGAUUUCUCCAACCUGUUUGCUCGAGAUCUGCUUCCAGCUAAGAACGGGGAGGAGCAAACUGUGCAAUUCCUACUGGAGGUGGUGGACAUACUCCUCAACUAUGUCCGCAAGACGUUUGAUCGCUCCACCAAGGUGCUGGACUUCCAUCACCCACACCAGCUGCUGGAAGGCAUGGAGGGCUUCAACUUGGAGCUCUCUGACCAACCUGAGUCCCUGGAGCAGAUUCUGGUUGACUGCAGAGACACCCUGAAGUAUGGGGUUCGCACAGGUCAUCCUCGAUUUUUCAACCAGCUCUCCACUGGACUGGAUAUCAUUGGAUUAGCUGGUGAAUGGCUGACAUCAACUGCCAACACCAACAUGUUUACUUAUGAAAUUGCUCCAGUGUUUGUCCUCAUGGAGCAAAUAACGCUUAAGAAGAUGAGAGAGAUAGUUGGAUGGUCAAAUAAAGAUGGUGAUGGGAUAUUUUCUCCUGGGGGAGCCAUAUCCAACAUGUACAGCAUCAUGGCAGCGCGCUACAAGUACUUCCCAGAAGUUAAGACAAAGGGCAUGGCGGCCGUGCCCAACCUGGUCCUCUUCACCUCAGAACAUAGCCACUACUCCAUAAAAAAGGCUGGGGCUGCGCUUGGCUUUGGAACCGACAAUGUGAUUUUGAUAAAGUGCAAUGAAAGGGGGAAGAUAAUUCCUGCUGAUUUAGAGGCAAAAAUUCUUGAAGCCAAGCAAAAGGGAUAUGUUCCUCUUUACGUCAAUGCAACUGCUGGCACGACUGUUUAUGGAGCCUUUGAUCCGAUACAGGAGAUUGCAGAUAUAUGUGAGAAAUAUAACCUUUGGCUGCAUGUCGAUGCUGCCUGGGGCGGUGGGCUGCUCAUGUCCAGGAAGCACCGUCAUAAACUCAGUGGCAUAGAAAGGGCCAGCUCGGUGACCUGGAACCCUCACAAGAUGAUGGGCGUGCUGCUGCAGUGCUCCGCCAUCCUCGUCAAGGAGAAGGGGAUACUCCAAGGAUGCAACCAGAUGUGUGCAGGCUACCUCUUCCAGCCAGACAAGCAAUAUGAUGUCUCCUAUGACACCGGGGACAAGGCAAUUCAGUGUGGCCGUCACGUGGACAUUUUCAAGUUCUGGCUGAUGUGGAAAGCAAAGGGAACAGUGGGAUUUGAAAAUCAGAUCAACAAAUGCUUGGAACUGGCUGAAUACCUCUAUGCCAAAAUUAAAAACAGAGAAGAAUUUGAGAUGGUUUUCAAUGGUGAGCCUGAGCACACAAAUGUCUGUUUCUGGUACAUCCCACAAAGCCUCCGGAGCAUGCCGGACAGCCCUGAGCGGCGGGAAAGACUCCACAAGGUGGCUCCCAAAAUCAAAGCCCUGAUGAUGGAGUCUGGCACGACCAUGGUUGGCUACCAGCCUCAGGGGGACAAGGCCAACUUCUUCCGGAUGGUCAUCUCGAACCCGGCCGCCACCCAGUCUGACAUCGACUUCCUCAUUGAGGAGAUCGAGAGACUGGGCCAGGAUCUGUAGCCGCCCGUAGAACACGAGGCCAUGGGGAUUCCCGUUCCCCUCUGGCACGCUAGAGCCUCCUCGGCAAGUUGCUAAAACAAUAGGCCAUUUCACUGAGGGAAAAUAUAUUAUCUUGAAUACUGUUAAACCCUUACUUAAGCUUGUGAUAGUUAGCAGGAAAUAAUGUUCUUUUUAAAAAGUUGCACAUUAGGAACACAGUAUAUAUGUACAGUUAUAUAUACCUCUCUCUAUAUAUAUAUAUGUAUGUAUGUAUAGCGAGUGGAUGUUAGUAAUAGAUCACAGCAUGUUCCUACUCCAAGACAAUUAACUUUACCUGACGGGCCAAAUAUGCUGCAAACCAGCUCGCCCAACAACCCCAGGAAAGAUGUUCCUCCAGAUGUUGUGUUGUAGGGACCAAGGGAAAUCCUGUGAGCAGGAGUUGACCUUGUGUCAUUGUUUUCCCCACCUAAAGUGAUGACGGAUGAGAAAAAGCACCGCUCGGUGACAAGAGUCACACCCUCCCCAUUAGUAUCUGGUUAAGGAAAAAUAGUAGCAGAGUCAUUGUUCCAGGUGUGCUGUUGCUGUAUUUUUAGAAAUUCAUUUGUGUAGAUUGUGCAUAUCUCUGUUGUCUGACCUUGGGGCGGAGGAAAAACACAUGUAAUGAUCUAAAUGACUGUUUAAUUGUAGGUAUAUGAGAUAUUUGCUUAUUUAUAUUCAGAGAUUUACCAUGUUAAAGAGGUGUCUUGUAUUUUCUUCCCAUUCGUAAUGUAUCUUAUUUAUAUAUAAAUGCAGUAAGUUCUGAAAACUGUUCAUGGUAUUUUCGUGCAUUUGUGAGCCAAAGAGAAAAGAUUAAAAUGAGUGAGACUUGUACUUAUAUAAGAGUGCCCUUAAAUGAUUUAAGCCUAAGUUCACUGUCUGUAAGAGAAUUCUGAUACUGUACAUAGAGCCGUAUAUAUGGAAAUCCCAUCACUUACACAGCAUCUGCUCUUCUGUUACCCUCUCUGUCUGGCUGUAUGUCAGUGUGCCCAAUGCUUUUCUAGUAACUGUUGGAUAAUAACUAGAUCUCCUGUAAUUUUGUAGUCGUUCGUGACCAAUCCCUGUGACUUGCUUAGCUCAAACCUAAGGCAACAUUUCCGAAGACCUUCUGAAGAUCUCAGCGAAAUGGACCAGCCUCACCUCUGUUUCUGAGGAAAGGAAAUUCACACUGUGCAUUUUAGAGUAUGCAAGAAGAAUAUAAACAAAUAAAAAUACUCUCCAUGGAGAACUGAAACAAAA